AUGUCUCCCGCUAUGGCCCAAGCCGGUGCUGGCUCUGCCGCUAAGGAUGUUAAGAGAGAAUCCGCGACUGCUCGUCUUCUGGGUUCCGGAACUGCCGGAAUUGCCGAGUUGAUGGUCUUCCACCCUGUUGAUACUAUCUCCAAGCGAUUGAUGAGCAACCAGACUCGGAUUACCUCCACCGCCGGUCUGAACCAGGUUGUCUUCAAGGAAUACGCCAACGCCUCUUUUGGCGGAAAGUUCACCUCCCUCUUCCCCGGUCUGGGUUAUGCCGCCGGUUACAAGGUUCUCCAGCGUAUCUACAAGUACGGUGGUCAGCCUUUCGCUCGCGACUACCUCGCUCAGCACUGGGGUUCCGACUUCGACAAUGCUUUCGGCAAGGGUACCGGCAAGGCCAUCAUGCACGCCACUGCUGGAAGUUUGAUCGGUAUCGGAGAGAUUGUCCUCCUGCCCCUGGACGUCCUCAAGAUCAAGCGUCAGACUAACCCCGAGGCUUUCCGUGGCCGUGGUCUGUUCAAGAUCAUCUCCGAUGAGGGUAUGGGUCUCUACCGUGGUGCUGGCUGGACUGCCGCCCGUAACGCUCCCGGAUCUUUCGCUCUCUUCGGUGGUUCCGCUUUCGCCAAGGAGUACAUCUACUCCCUGAAGGACUACAACACUGCUUCCUGGAGCCAGAACUUCGUUGCCUCCAUCUGCGGUGCCAGUGCCUCCCUGGUUGUGUCGGCUCCUCUGGAUGUGAUCAAGACCCGUAUCCAGAACCGCAACUUCGAGAACCCCGAGUCCGGCUUCCGCAUCCUGUCCAACAUGGUCAAGAACGAGGGUGUCACCAGUUUCUUCAAGGGUCUGACGCCCAAGCUCCUGAUGACCGGACCCAAGCUCGUUUUCAGCUUCUGGCUGGCUCAGACGUUGAUCCCCGCCUUCGGCCAGGUUGUUUAA